AUGCAAAUCGGAAGGUAUAAGUAGGGCGGCGCGGGGCGGGGCGGGGAGCGGACCGGAGCCGCCGGAGGGGAGCGGAGCGGGCCGGAGCAGCGCGGGUCCGCCGGGCGCGCCAUGGCGCCCUCCUUCCGGCCCGGCAAGGGCCGCCCGCCGCGGGGGGACGAGGACUGCCCGGAGGCCAGGGCCGACAGGAAGACGAGGAAGCCGCUGGUGGAGAAGAAGCGCCGGGCGCGGAUCAACGAGAGCCUGCAGGAGCUGCGGCUGCUGCUGGCCGACAGCGAGUUUCAGGCGAAGCUGGAGAACGCGGAGGUGCUGGAGCUGACGGUGCGGCGGGUGCAGGCCGUGCUGGAGCGCCGCUCCCUCGGUGAGUGCCGGCGGGGCGGCGGCGGGGGCCCGGCCCGGGCCGCGCCUCACCCCGCUCCCCUCUCUGUCUCCCGCGGCGCAGAGGGCGGGCGGCUGCAGCGCGAGGCCAGCGAGCGCUUCGCCGCCGGCUACAUCCAGUGCAUGCACGAGGUGCACACCUUCGUCUCCAGCUGCCCCGGCAUCGACGCCACCACGGCCGCCGAGCUGCUCAACCACCUGCUGGAGUCCAUGCCCCUCAACGAGGGCGGCUUCCCGGACUUGAUCGCGGACGUUUUGGCAGAUCCCGCCCUCGGCCCCUGGCCCGGCAGCGAGGCACUGGCCCCAGCAGCCGAGGCCUCCCUGGGCACCCUGGGCCUGGCUCUCCCCGCCUCGGCACCCUCGCCCUCCCCCAGUGAAGAGACCUGCUCCGACUCGGACGAGGCGGAGCCGGGCCAGACCUCCACCGACGGACUGGACGCUUCCCGGACGCGCGGCCUGCCUUCGCCUACCUUACCCAAGUCCAUGUGGAGACCCUGGUAACAGAGGAGCGCGGGCAGGCGUCAACGGAGACCUACCUAGCAGGGAGAGCAGCCGGGCCCCGUGCUCCCCUGCGGCCCUCCGAGCGGCGUGGGGGACCGCCGGCAUGCGUGCGUGCAGCUGGCACGGCUGCGUUUCGGGACUGCAUCAAUGGCACUCUUACGCUGUCAGGCCCUGACAGGCUAAUAGCUAAACGUGUUAACAUUUCAUCCGUGUGUAUGUGCGUGUGUGUGUGCGGCGUUUUGUAACUUUAGGGGUUCUUUUUAUGAGAGGUUGGGGAGGGGAGGGGGGGAGGAGGGAGUUGGCCUGUAGUAGCAAAGCUCUUCGGUGGAUACACAGCAGAUAUUUUAUAACCCUGCCUCUUUCUCUGGGCCCUUAUAAGUGGCCCAAAUAUCGCUACCUUUUUCUCUUAAGAAAAAGCCCUUGUGCAUUUUAAAUCAUGACGGUUAACUCCAUGAGAAGCUCAGAUAAGUGUGCAUGCACAGUUUUAAGUGUUCUAGUUAUAGCAAAGAUCCCUGAAAGGGGUUGGUGUGGUUAGCAUCUGUACGUGGUAGCAGCCUAGAGUCUCGCCUUCAGUGAAGGAAGAGAAAACUAGAAACCUGUUGGAAUUAGAUGGACAUUGAAAAGAUAUUGGUGGCAGGGUGCCUUUUAGAAAUGAGUGUCUUUUAUGCACAUGUUGCUUUUAGCACAUUUGAGUUUAUUGUGACUUUAUGUAUAUUAGGGUGUCAAAUGUUUUUUUAUUUUUAAUCUUUAAUAAAAAAUACUGAAUUCACAACUGCUUGCAUGUAUUGUGGAGUGUGAUGCACUUCUAACUAGUUUACAAAUACAGUUCCCGAUUAUUAACUAUUAACAAAAGUAUGUGUAUGUUGUGGAAACAAUGCUGGUAAUUAAGCACUUAAUUCUUGUACUAAGCAUUGUUAGCUCAAGUAUUGGAAUUCAAAUGUUUCUUUUGUUUAAUAGUAGAAGACACUUAAGUUAUUGCAGUGAGCAAGGUCAUACUGGUGUAGGGUUGAUCUUAGGCCACAGAUUUCUGGGCUAGUUUAUCUGGAUGCCAGUCUCAAAUCUACUCUACUUGAUCUUCCCUCUGAAGGUGUUGCUCAUACAUCUACAGUCCUAACUUCAGAAGUGCUAGGCAAAUCCUGUCCUGGGGCAUGACUUCACAGGGGUUUUGGGGUUUUUUGUUUGUUUGUUUUGGUUGUUUGGAGUGGGGGUUUUUUUGCUCUUGAAUGCAAAGCUGAAGAGAGUGUGCAAUGGAUUUGGAAAGCAUUCUUUAAAAUUAAAAAAAAUAUGUUUCUAGGGGGCUGGGGGGGGACACCCUUAGCAUUCUUGUACAGGAGGUUUGAUGCUUCCCCUGUUCCUACUUUUGGGAGAUGCCAAUUAUGCUGUGAUAAUACCUUUCAGAUAGCUAACAUUGUAAAGAGAAAAACAAAAAGGAAUGUAAAGUUGCUUAAUACCUGGAAGUUCCCAAACAUAGAACAAGCAAGAAAGGAAGCAACCUAACUACCAAGGGACUAGACAUGUAACUUACUUUUGUUAACAACCCUAUGGAAUAAUAAAAAUGGAAA